CACGAAUCAUUCUCUCACCGCUUCAUACGCAUACGAGAAAAACUCCAGCCGUUUUGUCCCUGUCUUCGACGAGCCUCCCCAGCUCUCUUACAUAUCAUAGCUGCCAUGUGGCAGUCUCUCGCUAUUGGCAUCACGUUGGCCAUCGUCGUCCUCCACGCCUCCACAUUUUUUCUUCCGCCCGUGAUGGGCAAGUACGCCUCGUUUGCGGCCCGCGGCAUAACGUCAUGGCUUGCCCUGGGAGUAUGCGCAUGCUACGGUAUACUUGCCAGUAUUGUGCUAAGACUUGUCGGCUUUGGCGGGCUAAGCCAGUGGACGACGGCGCGAGCGAUGAAGUGGACGAUGUGGCUGGUGACCGGGGUGACGUUUGAGGUUGUGCGGGGCGAAGAGUAUCUGAGUGAGAAGUACGAUUUGGAUGAUGAGGAGGAUAGAAAAGUCGGGAGGAAGAGCAGGGUUAUCUUGGGAAAUCAUCAGACAUCUCUAGACGUCCUCAUGCUCGGCUGCAUCUUCCCGAAAUACUGCUCCGUCACCGCAAAGAAGUCUCUUAAACUCGUGCCCUUCCUGGGCUGGUUCAUGGCCCUCUCCAAAACAGUCUUCAUCGACCGCGCAAACUCCACCUCCGCCCGCGCAACCUUCAACUCCGCCGCCACCACCAUGCGCUCCACCCGCCAAUCCGUCUACAUCUUCCCCGAAGGCACCCGCUCCUACGCCUCAACACCCACCCUGCUCCCCUUCAAAAAGGGCGCCUUCCACCUCGCCGUGCAAGCCCAGGUGCCCAUCGUGCCCGUCGUCGUCGCAAACUACGCGCAUAUCCUCGAUUCGAAGAGGAAGAUCUUCAAGGGCGGUGUCAUCCCCGUCGUCGUGCUGGAGCCGGUCAAGACAAAGGGCUUGACGGCAGAGGAUGUGGAUUCGUUGGUGGUGAAGGUGC